AUUUAAAUCAUGAUAUUAAAAUGAUCAAUUACCAUAAAACGCGGGCCAACUAUUUUGCAGGUAAAUCACCGAUGGUAUGAGUUUGGGAGGUAAAGGUGGUAACAAAAGACCAAUAUUUUGCUGGAAUGCGCUCCCCUUGCACGUGAGUGUCGACAAUUUAGAGGCUGUGAACCAGCAGCAGCAACUUGAACAGCAGCUUUUUGUGCAGGCUGAAUACGUUGAUAGACGGGUCACGGUCAACGUAUCGGGGGAUAAGUACCAAGUUAACUUGUCCACUCUUAGACAAUUUCCUUCCACUCUUUUAGGCGGGCCUGGUCUGGAAGAAUACUACGAUCCGAACGAGGAUGACUUUUUCUUCGACAGAAACAGAGAUGCUUUCGUUCACAUAUUCGACUUCUACAGAACUGGACGUCUAUACGUUCCUAAGGUAGAUGACAUACCAGGCGAACUAUUCCAAGACGAGUUGGAGUUCUUUGGUCUGGCCUCCACCAUGGAGGAGAUAAACGCCGCCCCAGAGGAGGAAGCUACCAGACAGAUACACGCAUCCUUUUUGAGGAGGGUACAAGCCCUGCUCUGGGAGUUCUUUGACAACCCCCAAUCCUCUCUAGCAGCACAAGCUUGGGCUUGGAUGGACAUCGGCUUCAUCUUCAUCUCUGUUGCCUCUAUGUUUGUGGAAACUACACCGCCGAUCCCUAUUCUAUCUGAGACAGAUCCAAGAGUGGGGGACACACUAAAGUACUGUGAAACUAUCACGGUCCUCUACUUCACUGUGGAUCUUAUCCUCAGAGGCUUGGCCUGCCCUUCAUUCCCGGACUACAUAAAGUCUCCUCUUACCUGGGUCGACACCUUUGCUGUGUCACCUUUUUACGUCGAACUCUUCUUCCCGGACAACAGUGACCAGUUUGCUGGACUCAGAGUUCUUAGAGUUGCAAGAGUGAUGAGAGUUCUUAAGUUGAUCAGGCGGAGUAAGAAGCUGAUGACGAUAGCUACUGUGAUGAAGAACUGCGUUUCUGAGCUGUUCUUGCUGAUUGUUAUCUGGACAAUGGGUGUCAUAGUGUUUGCUAUGUUGAUGUACACUUUUGAGGAAAACACUAACUCCAAAAUUGAGUCAGUUUUUGAUGCUAUGUGGUGGGCAGUAGUUACCAUGUCGACUGUUGGUUAUGGUGAUAUUACCCCGCUCACUGUAAUGGGAAAACUCAUCGGAACUGUUGUCGUCUUCCUGAGCAUGGUCUUCCUAGCUCUUCCUCUUACUAUUAUUGUCAGCACUUUUAGCAAGGUGUACGGUAACCGAAGUGUAUGGUGAUGAAGAAACACAAGAAGGACAUCAUGUACGUGGCCGGGGCGGACGAGGACGACGCAGAGGACGAUACCAUUACAUGAACCCAGAGACUGUAGCUUUUAGUCCCAACAGUUCUGUCAGACGACCUCUGCAGGUCUUCGUGUCAGAUUAUAACGUGUUCCUCUUUCUCUCUUGCGAUAUUUGAUGUGAUAAGACAGAGCUUGAUGAUGUGCAGUGACUUCUGUAUUUUAAGAUCAAUAAAUUUUGUUGAGAGUGACGAGCAAAGUUCUGUUAUGUUUACUACUAGUACUAUAACUAGCGGUUAGUUUUGAUCAAAUGACUUUUGGUAAUUGAUUAUCGAGAGUGGUUAAAUAAAUACCAAUAUGAUGAUUGAUACUGGUAAUAAUAAUGAUUGUAAUUUUAAUUUAUUAUUCAUAUUGUCAUCUGCGUUAUAAUGAGAGAGAGACACCCAAACCCCAUGGUAACGCAGUUUUUGUUAACUUUUUCUCUAUCAGCUUCCGUAUCUAUCACAUUCUUUCGUUAGUUUGAAAUCAAUUUCCGCAUCGUAUUAACAUCAUGGAAACUUAACUUAACAAUUGCAUUUGAUUUUGGCAUAUGCUUAAACUACUGUAUACUACUUUAUAUACUAUAAUUUAUAGUUAUUUUCCCAAAUAAAAGUUUUCUAGAUAUAAGUAAUAAGUAAUAAGUAUGUCUAGUCCUCUGAUCUCAAGUUAUAGUUAAGUUUAAGUAAUGCAAAUGAUGUCUAUACGGCAAGAUUAUAAAUACUAUUAGAUGGCAGAUUAUGUACCAGCUGGAUUAACUAUGUUGCAACUUGAAUUGAUAAUUAAUCAUGAUGGAAUUCUAUUAA